AGUUGAUAUUUGCUGUCAUCGAAAUAGAAAUUAACCUCAAUACAGAAGAUUCUCUGACAGAUUCUAUCAACCUCAAAAUCAAUCCUUUUUGAAAUGAACCAAGCAGUUUACAGUAACAUUAUAUGAUAAUUAUUGACAACAACCAACAUGCGGUGCCAUUAUGAAGUCCUGAAUGUGUCAAAGGAAGCUGAGGAUUCGGAAAUAAAAUCAUCAUACAGAAAAUUAGCACUCAAAUGGCAUCCUGACAAGAAUUUAGAUGAUUCAGACAAUGCUAAAGAACAAUUUCAACUUAUACAACAAGCAUAUGAAGUAUUAAGUGAUAAACAAGAGAGAGCAUGGUAUGAUAGACAUCGUGAACAAAUUCUACUUGGUGCACAAUCAGACUUCGAAGAUAAAAACCUCAAUGUGUUUCAAUACUUUACAACGUCUUGUUUUAGAGGAUAUGGCGAUGAUGAAAAUGGAUUUUACACAGUUUAUAGAAACGUUUUCGAACAAAUUGCUAUGGAAGAUUUGGAUUAUUUUGAAAAUAAAGAAGAUUUUGUAGAUAUUCCAUCAUUUGGUACAUCAGAAAGUGAUUUCGAUACAGUUGUAAAUCUAUUCUACUCACAUUGGCUAUCAUAUUCCACCAAAAAGAGUUAUGUUUGGUUGGAUCCAUAUAAAAUAGCAGAAAUAAAAGACAGAAGAUAUGUUAAAGCCGUAGAAAAAGAAAAUAAAAAAGUAAGGUCAAAAGCUAAAAAGGAACGUAAUGAAGAAAUCAGAAAUUUAGUUGCAUUUGUACGGAAAAGGGAUAAAAGAGUUCAAGCACAAAUUAAACUCAAUCUGGAAAAGAAUGAGGCAAACCGAAAAAAACAUGAUGAACUACGAAGACAAAAAUUAGAAGAAAAUAGGAAAAUGAAUGAAUCACAGGUACAGCCUGAGUGGAGUAAGUUUGAAAAUAUGACUUCAGAGUUGCAAGAAAUAGAGAAGAAUCUAGAUAAUGAAUUUGGCAAUUCUGAUUGUAGUGAUGAUGAAAUAUACAAUAAACAUUAUUGUCCUGCGUGUGAUAAAUUCUUCAAAACAAAAAAAACAUUUCAGAAUCAUGAGAGUAGUAUGAAACAUAAAUUGAAUGUUGCAGCUUUGAGAGCUGAGAUGUUAGGGUCUGAUGAGGAGGAAGAUGAUGAUUUAGAAGUAGAUGUUAAAAAUUCUGAAGACAAUUUGGAUGACAUGGAUAGUGAACUUUCUAGUGGUAAAAGACAGACCAACCAAGGCGAAGAAGAGUCUGAUGCUUAUGAAAAAGAUGUUGAUGCUGUUAUUCCUAAGAAAAAAAAGACACAAAAAACUAAAUUUUCAGCUUCUCACCAUUAUAUGUCCCCUGACACUGAUUCUGAAGAAUUACCACUUAAUAAUGGUCAUAAAAAACCUAAUAAGGCUAAAAAAAAUAAAAAUGUUCUGAAAGUAGAAAGCACAGAUGAUGAGUUGAAAAUGUCUACACUACCUGCAAGCUCUAGUUCUGAUGAUGAUUUCAGUUCAUCCAAGAAGGGAAAGAAAAAAAAGAAAAAGAAUAAGCCUAAGAAAAUACAACCAGUAGUUAACACAAAAGAAGAACCAUCAAGUGAAACUCUAUUAUUCACAGAAAAUACUUCAAAUUCCAACACAUCUAAGGAUGACCUUCCUAAUUUCAUCUGUUCAACUUGCUCGAAGAAUUACCCUUCAAAAAACAAACUAUUUAUGCAUCUGAAAGCAGAAGGUCAUGGUGCUCCUCUGCCCCUAAAUACAAGUGGAGCGACAAGCAAGGGAAGGGCCAAAGGCAAAGCAUCUAGGAAAUAAUGUUAACUAUUAAUUUAUUGAAAAUAAAAUCUGAAAUUGUA